CCAAAACAAGGGGACAGGUAUAUAAGUGGUUUAACUAAAGCUAAGGUAACAUAGUAACGACAACAUAUCUAUGUGGUGCACAUAGGGUUGCCAUUUGUAACUGAACAUCACAAAUUCAGAGAUCACAAAAUCACAAACUUCUGCCGAAGAAAGGUGCAGCGAUGCUUCUUUCUUGUCUUUGGUACCACAUCUUCGCUCUCUGUCUCAUGAUAAGGAACUGUCCAGCUGUUAAAAACGACGCAACGGAAAAUGUAAACGCUCAAGUCAUCGAUCUGGCACCGGAUACUCCAAGCAAUAUAUCGAUGAAUCAAGCGCGUAACGGAGGGAGACAACAGGGUAGCGCUCCGCGCAAAGAGCAGAGUGAGAUGGGCUGCAGGGAGCUAAGAUCCACCAAGUACAUCUCUGAUGGACAGUGCACCAGCCUCAACCCCGUGAAGGAGCUGGUGUGCGCUGGGGAGUGCCUGCCCGCCCACCUCCUGCCCAACUGGAUUGGCGGAGGGCAACCUGGGAAGUACUGGAGCCGGCGGCAGACCCAGGAGUGGCGCUGCGUCAUCGACCGGACUCGGACACAGCGCAUCAGGCUGCAGUGUCAGGAUGGCAGCUCGCGGACCUACAAGAUCACCGUGGUGACCUCUUGCAAGUGCAAGCGCUACUCCAGGCAACACAACGACUCUGGGCACAAGUCCGAGGCCCAGGCCAAGGAGCAGGACCCCCAAGUCUCCAGGAGGAGGAAGGACCAGCGGAGGAGCAGGCUGUCUGAGGACUGGCCCGAGGAGCAGCCCGAGGAGCAGCCCAAAAACAACUGAGGUCAGGGGUGACUAGGUGUGCCACCCUGAGAGAGAAGGAAGAUCUCCGUUUGCCCACCGCCCAUCUCCAACUGUGUGGCUGGUAGUAUGAGGUCCACCAGACUGUUGUUAUGUUCUGUCUAUGAUGUCUAUGCUAGAAAUAAUGCGUUGAUAUCAAGGUAAAAAGGCCAGCUAGACAGAAACUGACCGCUGAGCAAGAAUGAGUGACUAUGAAGGUUAUGUACAUCUUUCUGUAAUUGACAUUGUGUGGCUUUUGGAUGUGUGUUUGCAAUUGCAAAAGUUAUAUGAGAUGAAAGCCACAACUUAUCAAAAUGUUGAUCAAACGAUGAAAUCACAGAAGCACAAAAGACAUAUUUUAUAUUGUAGUGUGCAUGUAAAUACAAUAAUUGUAAGUUUAAGGGGACUCCAUUUUUAUCUUUAAAGGAAUGCUAUGAUGAUGUAAUAUAUUUUUCUACUGGUAUAGUUGAACUUAGAAACAAGUACUUUCUAAAACAUUUGCUAGGUAAAAUGUAAUCACUGUCUCAAUGUUUUCCAACUGAAUAAAUAGUGCAUU